UAACUUUGAUCCAUUUUGUUACUUUACUCACUUAGAUCAAGAACUUGCUUAUCAUUUUCUUCUUGAAAAAUGUCUUUGAUCAAUACCAAACAUUUCACUCUCUUGGUCUUGCUGAUCUGCUUUUUGGUAAUUCAAGAAUCUCAUGGUCUAUCUCUAAAGGAAGUUGCUCCUGUGAAACUCCUAAACAGAAAGGUUUUAGAAAGCCAGUGGGCUGCAUUUGGAAAGGUAUACUACAAGCAUGCAGAGAAGAUUAAUGAGAAGUUUGCUGAUUGGGAGCUAAGAGGAGUUCCAGCUGGUCCUGAUCCAUUGCAUCACAAUGGUGCUAGUCCUAAGAAACCUAAGACUCCAUGAUCAUGCAAUAUUAAUUUUGUUUUAGCUCUAUGUUCAAGUUUUUAGUAAAGGGUAGUAUAUGGUUUCAUGUUUCUGUUUUUGUUGUUUUUGGCCCAAUAGAAAGGAAAAAACAAAAGAAACAAAAAUGUAAGUAUGGGCUUAGGCUUUAGGCUAGCUAAGUUGGAAUAUUAGGAUUUCAAGUCUCCCUGGUAUGUAUAUAGUUUGAUGCAAAGUUGUCUUUUUUAUUACUAGUACUAAAAAAA